CCCUGCAAACGUGGGAGGACCACAGAACCGGGUCGAUUCGACUGCGACGUUUUCCUUUUUCCGGUCAUUAUGUGAGCUAUCUCACGUAUCACAACCGAUAACCUGAAAACAGAUCCAGGACUGAUUUUGACAAUGGGUCCUUAGCCUCCAUCCUCGUUCCUCAGCCCCUCCCUCCUCCUCACAUCCAUACUGUGCUACUGCAACACAAUUACCUACCACCUACCUCCUGCCCCUCUACUGAACCGAUCAAUUUUGCCACAACUUGCCUCACUCACAUCCGUCAAUCUAGACGACACAUAGCCAAGAAAUCACACUAGCGAUCGCAGUAUCCCUUAUCCUCUUUGGCUCCUGGUGCCUCAACAAAUCUCGCUUCUUCGACGAACGCCCUGAACAGUUGUCUGUGGCACGCGGGUUUCGUCCGAUCAAGGAAACACGUCACGCGCUAUCACCCAACAACCGCUUGCACGCCAUGUCAACCCCAACGUCGCCGGCGGUGGCACAGCCGAGGAAGUCUGCGCUCAAGAACGAUGACGACCCUGAAAGAUCGCCCUUGAGCGGAGCUGUCAAAGCUGUUCAAAUUGCCGAACCGGAGGCCAUGUCGCAGCCGGUGGCCCAGUCCCCGGAAGAUGGGUCGGGCAGGAAGCAACACACGGCCGGGCGGACGAGAAGACUGAGUGGCCGUCUGCCUGCAACCUCCCCCCGUCUGCCUGCAACAUCCCCGCGGACCUCGUUCAACAAUGCCGGUGUCGAGAUUCCCAACAGCACCGCGAGCUCUACCGCAUCUCCGAUCCAAACACCCGACGAAGCAAGCCGUCAUGGAAGUCAGCCACAGCAAAGCCACCACUCUCACCACGGUCACAAUCAUCACCACCACCAUGGUCACCGCAUUGACAGGGCCAGCCAAAAGUUGAUCUCGCAGGUGGCCGAGUGGCUACAAAGCGAGAAGGACAAAAAGGCAGCCAAGAAGAAGAAGAGGGCUACCGGGCGCCGCAAGUCCAAGUCUCCUCCUAGCAAGGCUAGCGGGGACAGCGCAUCGACCAAGCCCGUGCUGAGUCGUCGGCCGAGGUCGGGCUCUAUUGACUCUCAGUCCAGUGAGGUCUCGCUAGACCGCUUGCAGCGCAUCGUUGAUGAGAGCAUGUCCGCUCUGGGGCUCGACCCGAUUGACGUGACAUCUGGGCAGCAGCGACCGGGCAGGAAACAGUCUGGGCGCUUCAAGAAGAGCAGGUCGUCUCUCCAGCUCUACCGAGCUGCCUCCUCGGAUACGGACUAUGUCGAUGGCGAUGUUUUAGUCCCUAGCUGUGAGGCCGUCUUAGACAACUCAAAGACGCUGAGCUAUUCAGGCGGCAAGCCGGGAUCCGCCUCGGAGCCGAUGACCCCAGUCGUUGCCGGGUCGGCGCCGUCGAAACGCGAGGAGAGCAAACACGCCUGGCUUGUUUUCAAGAGCGAGAUCAUCCGGUUGGCGCACACCCUGAGGCUCAAGGGCUGGCGGCGCGUGCCGCUAGAAAGCGGCGACCAGGUUGGCGUCGAGAGACUCAGCGGCGCCCUGACCAACGCCGUUUAUGUUGUCUCCCCGCCCGCUGACGUUGUGGCGGCGGCAGCAGUCGAGGGGCGUAAAGUGCCGCCCAAGCUGCUACUGCGCAUUUACGGUCCCAACGUCGAGCAGCUGAUUGACCGAGAGAAGGAGCUUUCGGUGCUCCAGCGGCUGGCGCGCAAGAAGAUUGGCCCCCGACUGCUAGGAACCUUCACCAAUGGCCGGUUUGAGCAGUACCUCAACGCUACCGCUCUGACGCCCCCGAACCUGCGUGAGCCCGAGACAUCGCGCAUGAUUGCCAAGCGUAUGCGCGAACUCCACGACGGCAUUGACCUGUUGGAACAGGAGCUUGGCGACGGGCCCAACGUGUGGGUCAACUGGGACAACUGGCUCGACACCGUCGAGAGGACAGUCAUGUUUUUGGACCACAAGGUCAUAGCCGGUGGGGACGCGGCUCAGACGGGAUUCGUGUGCGGUGUCGAGUGGUCCGUCUUUAGGGGCCUCGUUGAUCGGUACCGAAAGCACCUCAACGAAUACUACGGUCAGCCCAAAAAGAUUCGUGAGAAGCUUGUGUUUGCGCACAAUGACACGCAAUAUGGAAACAUUCUCCGCGUCCGGCCCGACGACGAAAAGUCUCCGCUGCUGCAACCGGCCAAUGAGCACAAACAGUUGGUAGUGAUCGACUUUGAGUACGCGGCUGCGAACCUGCCCGGACUUGAGUUCGCCAACCACUUCACCGAAUGGGCGUACAACUAUCACGACGCCGUGGCGUCUUUCGCCUGCAACACCGCCAUGUACCCAACGCUAGAGCAACAGCGGCGUUUCGUGCGCGCCUACGUAGACCACAAAGGCGGAGCGUCAUCGUCGCGCGUGACCACCCCCGUGGUAGGUCCUGCGUCGACGCCGCCGGUUAUGCUGAGCGCGCUGCAGCACUCGAAUGCCUCGUCUAGCUCGAUAGUUGAGUUCAUGCUCGACGCUAGGGUGCCCCCUGGCGGUUGGAAGGAGGAGGAGAAGCGCCGCGAGGAGGCCGCCGAGGCGCAAGUGAACGCGCUACUCGAAGAGGCGCGCCUAUGGAGGCCGGCCAACAGUGCCCAGUGGGUCGCUUGGGGCAUCGUGCAGGCGAAGCUGCCCGACUUGGCCGAAGAGAUCGCGCGGGAAAAGAAGGAGAAGGAGAAGGAAGAGGCCAAGACGCAGGGGGAUGCGGACGCGCAAAAUGGAACCGCAGUCGCCAGCAGCGGGGCCACCGACGUCGCUUCUCCUGCCGCCGAAGCUGCGGCCACCUCGGCAUCGGGUGGAGAAGGCGCCAGCGUUACCGAGGCUGCGGCUGCCGAAGUUGCAAGUGCAGUCGCGGCACGAGAGGAGGACUCGGGCGAGGGUGACGAGUUCGAUUACCUCGCCUACACCCGUGACCGUGCUCUCUUCUUUCUGGGUGACUGCGUUCUGAUGGGGCUCGUGAAGCUGGAGGACCUUCCCGAGGGGCUGAGAACGCAGCUGAAGCUUGUGGAUUAUUAACAUGUCGGACAGUCUGCAUCGCCUUUGCUCUUGGCACAUGGACUGUACACUUUCUGGACCAUGGACAUUAGACAGAGUGUUUAGCAGCAAAUACAGCAGAGAUAUUGGUACAUGGAUAUUUGGAGAGAAUAGGUAUAUAUACAGUAUACACCCCCUUAAAAGGAUGUGCAGGGGCGC